CAAACAACCCGGCAGCGUUUGGCUUUCACACACUCGUACGCGCAGAUGCAGAUCGCGACGAUGCAAAACAGAGCAUGGUGUGAUGUCGAGGGCAUUUAUCGGGAUGGCAAUUCUUUACUUAACGUUACUCCGUUCAAAAAGAAUCAUGGCGUUGUCGCAGGCCUUUGGCCUACCGAAUUUAGAUGAGCAUUCAUGCAAUCGUCUGUUUUUGUCCACAUGCUAAAUAGCAUUGCUGAGCUUGAUGGGUUGUGUUUUGUAUCCGAUUGAGGAAUUAAAAUGAGUGCAUGCUAAAAACAAUACUAACACCAGUUUUAUCGAUCACUUUUGAUCGGAAAAUAAUGUCGUGAGCUAUUUAGAUUUUAUAUACGAUCGACAACGGUAGCCGGCUUAAAUUUGACCUAUAAUACAAUUUCGAUAUUUUGCAUAUUAUCUAGAUGUUUACUGUGUUUAAAAGAGCAGACAGAGGUCGGUGUUUAUUGUUUCAAUGAUACGCUUCUUUUUUGCGCGCUCUUCACAUAUUAUUCUCAGCCUGAGCUUGAAAAUAACCGCCAUUUAACUUGCGUCAAUUAUUUUUGCUGGGCUGAAGCACUGUAUAUCUUCAUUUGUUUAAGAGAUUCAAACAUAUCUUCAAAACGAUUUUUAGUAAUCGUGAAUCUAGCGGGUUUUUCGUUCUUUUAAACGCGGUGUUUGGUGAAUUUACUACAUGUAACCUUACGUUUUCCCAGAGCUUCAGCGUCAGGCCUCUGAAUGGAACUGAAUGUUGCUGCACGAGCUGGUUUGUUGUGUUUGACUGAAACUGUAUCGGGGAUGGAUCAGACAGAACACAUGACCACCAUCGAGGCCCACGCUGUAUCUCAUCAGGUCGGCCAGGUGCACGUUGCCACGUACACAGAGCAUGGCAUGCUGAGCGCGGAUGAGGAUUCGCCUUCCUCUCCUGAUGAUGAUGGGUAUGAUGACUCUGACAUCCUCAACUCAACCGGGACAGAUGAGGUCACUGCACAUCUGGCUGCUGCAGGGCCUGUUGGCAUGGCAGCAGCUGCCGCUGUGGCAACAGGGAAAAAACGGAAACGGCCGCACAUCUUUGAGUCAAACCCCUCAAUCCGUAAAAGACAACAGACUCGACUGCUUAGGAAGCUGAGAGCAACAUUAGAUGAGUACACAACACGGGUUGGUCAGCAAGCUAUCGUGUUGUGCAUCUCUCCUUCUAAACCAAACCCGGUGUUUAGAGUCUUUGGAGCAGCCCCACUCGAGAAUGUGGUGAGGAAAUACAAGAGCAUGAUUCUGGAGGAUUUGGAGAAUGCUCUUGCUGAACAUGCGCCCCCUGGGGGUGGGGAGCUCAGCUCUGAACUUCCUCCACUUACUAUUGACGGCAUUCCUGUGUCUGUGGACAAGAUGACACAGGCUCAACUCCGAGCGUUCAUUCCAGAAAUGCUGAAGUAUUCCACAGGCCGUGGGAAGCCUGGAUGGGGGAAAGAGAGUUGUAAGCCAAUUUGGUGGCCCGAGGACAUUCCCUGGGCCAACGUACGCAGCGAUGUCCGAACUGAGGAGCAAAAGCAGAGGGUGUCAUGGACACAAGCCCUGAGGACUAUAGUUAAGAACUGCUACAAACAGCAUGGGAGAGAAGACCUGUUGUACGCCUUCGAGGACCAGAUCACCACACAAGUUGCCACAACAACCACACACAGCAUUGCACACCUGGUUCCAUCACAGACCGUAGUGCAGACGAUCAGUAAUCCUGAUGGUACGGUCUCGCUUAUACAGGUCGGCACUGGAGCCACUGUAGCAACGUUAGCAGAUGCAUCAGAACUUCCUGGUACAGUGACAGUCGCCCAGGUGAACUACUCCACGGUCACAGAUGGAGAGGUGGAGCAAAACUGGGCCACACUACAAGGUAGUGAAAUGACCAUCCAGACCACACAAGCAUCAGAGGCCACGCAGGCGGUGGCCUCCUUAGCUGAAGCAGCAGUCGCCGCGUCGCAUGAGAUGCAGACAGGGGCGACUGUUACUAUGGCCCUCAACAGGUACUCAUGCGAAGCGGCGGCUCACGCAGUGGCAACAUUAGCAGAGGCGACUCUUCAGGGCGGAGGACAGAUUGUGUUAGCGGGAGAGACCGCAGCGGCAGUAGGAGCGUUAACUGGAGUUCAGGAUGGCAGCGGUCUUGUCCAGAUUCCCGUCAGCAUGUAUCAGACCGUCGUCACCAGUCUGGCCCAGGGAAAUAGACCCGUUCAGGUGGCCAUGGCUCCCAUAACCACACGCAUAGACAACACGGUAACGCUUGACGGACAGGCAGUCGAGGUGGUGACUCUGGAGCAGUGACAUAAUCUACCCCUGCUGCUGGGUGGGACAGGAAGUUCCGCACCUACGUAAAGAAAGUAGCUGCUGGAAUAUUGUAAAAAAUAACAUUUUAACCUGUUACCAAACGUCUGCAGGGGUUGUAGGGCUUUUUCUUUUUUACCUUGUAAACAUUACAUAGUCUUAUUUUUCUUCCUAGUGUUGUUAACGUUAAUUUUUUUUUGCCGAUGUUUGAUCAAUGUUUUGCAGAGGAUGCUUUUCGGAUAUCAUGGACUAAUUCUUUCCCAACAAUUAAUGGCAAGCAAAAUGUUCACCCAUCAAACAUUUACUGGUAUAGUUUUGUGGUUAUAUCCCAUAUAAAGCAUUAGUUUUGACACAUUUUCUUCAGGAUUUAUCUUAAUUUGUGUGUAUAUAUAUCUUGAACCAUCUUGUGCCAUAUUUGUAUAAUUUCGUUAAUAUAUUGUGUAAAGUGCAUAACAGUUUUAGUAUUGAAUCCCAUUUAUUCUUGACUACUGAUGUGAACAUGCAUGUAAUUUUUUGUCAGUCUGUAUAAUGAAGAAUUCUCUUUGUAUGCAUUUCACAUGAACCCCCAAUGUAAAAAAAAAUCUUUACCGAUGAUGUGGUACUUAAUUGUAUACUGAGCGCUAUCUAUAGUUCAUUGAAUUUACUGUUAAUAGAGAACUAUAAAUGUUGGCUUGUCGAUGAGAAAGCAGAUGAUGUAGCACUCCAUCUCAUUUAACCUUUUUAUACUUCAAUAAAUUAACAGAACUUUACACAUUCACUAGCAUUUUGUAAAAGGAUCCUGCAAAUAUUGUUAAACUAAACGGUUUUAUUUAUUUUAUUUAUACUUUUUGUAAGCUCGUACUCGUCGACUCAAACACACCAAUGAACAUGUUGAAAGAAAUGUUAACACAUUUUUUCUUUUGAGUGCUUUUAUUAAUGCUUAUAGUGCAUAUAGUACAACCAUAUUUUCUUUUUCUCAUACACUUUUGUUUUGUGUAAAAUGUAAAUUUGUUCGAGAUAUUCAUUUUUUUUAUGGUUGGGCAAAAACUUCCUAGUCUGAUCAUUUUCCCUUUGUGCAUUCGUUGAUCUGCUCCGCCACACCUGUGACCCCACAUACCAUUAACAUUUUUAUGUAAAACUUGUAUGAUAUAUAAUCUUGUAUGAUGCGAACGUUUAAUGAACCCAAACUUUCCCAUCUUGCUGAUGGGGACAUUGAUGAUGGCCCCACAUAUCAGAGUUUGUCUUUUUCCCCUCUUGGAAAUAAAAUGGCCACUAUUUACAAACA